UCGGCGCGCGAACACGCACGCACACGCCACGCUUUGAAUUCGUAUUCAAACGCAUCCUUUUCACAACCAACGUCGCGCUACCAGCGUUUUCGACUCACGAUGGCUACGCGCCGUAUCACUGCUUUCCCGAUCUUACUGUCGAUCGUGGCCGUCUGGGUGGUAGCCGUACCCGUUCAGUUGCAGGCCGGUGCAAACGCUUUGCGACGCGAUAUGUACGGACCAGCUACAACAGAAUUCCUUGGCGGAUAUCUCGAUGAUCACGAUGCGGCCGAUCCGCGGAACUCGCUAGGUGGUCGGCGAAUCGACUUCGACUUCCCAUACGAAACGACGUUCGAGCGCAUCCACGGACUCUCGACAGGCAGCAGACGACUAGGCGGCCCUAUGGCGAAUGGACGAAUGGGAAACGCGAACGAGAUCCAUCAGGUGGCGCUCGAUAGAUUCGCCAAACGGAAUAUCGACGAGAUCGAUCGUACGCCCUUUGACAAUUUCUUCAAACGAAACUUGGACGAAAUAGACCGCGACGGAUGGAUUGGAUUCGUAAAGAGGCUGGACGAUUAUUUGGCGAUGAGGAGGUCCGGGCUUGAACGAGCAGGUUAAGAUGAAGUCGACCAUGCGGGGGAUUGCGACGGGGAAUGACACUGGACACGGACGAGCAUUGUUAAAUGCUUCUCUAACUCUGUCUCUCUUUUCCAUUCUGUUUCGAGAUCGACACAGAGAUUUUCGAGGCACUUAAAGCUACUUUCGAAGCUACCACUAACUAGUGAUGGGAUCGAGUUCGAUGCAGUACCUCCCGCUUUCGAGUGACAAUUUUUAUCCUAGUUACAAGUAACGAAAUCAUCUCUUCCACUGUUUAAGUUUAGCACAUUAUGCUAUGAAAUGCACAUUAUAUGAUGAAAUAAUGCUCGCUUUCAAAUGUAAAUUUUUUUACCCCGGAUACAAGCAAUGACAGCGCCUCUCCCAUUGUUUAUGUGUAUAUAGCGCUAGCCACCCAGAAAUCGUGAGCAUAAAUUCGUUUGUAGAGUGUCGAAAAUAAUUGACUGCGUUUAGCGAUUAAUAGCUGCACAUAUCAAAAAUAUUCAAGACCUAAUUUUUUUUAAUUUCUCUGGAUGGUGUACAUAACGUACAUUGUCGUGUUUCUGAAAAGUGUGUCUUGAUAGUAGGUGGCAUAUUUAAAUAAACUUUACAGUUACUUCAUUCAAAAUAACGAAUAAAAAAAAGUGUUUUAAAUAAAGUUGCACCUAUUUGCAUUUUAUAAAAUUUUUUUCAACAUUCCCAGUUUUUGUUUUUCAGAAACGAAGAUGUCUGUAAACAAUAUUAAUUAUUCAAAUAUCUGUGGUUGUUAAUUUAUCACCGUGGCGUACAGAAAAAUUAAGAAACCGAUUUAUUGAAUAUUUUUGUAGAUAUAGUUAUCGUUGAAAUGAGUCAAUUAUUUUAAUAUCACAAAAUACUUGUGCAGGGUUCGAAUAUGAUAGACCAAGAUUUGAACGCGUUUAUAAAACGCUCGAUUCCAUCACUACCGCCGACAUCUUCGUUGUUUCUAUCGUUCGUUCUCGUCUCCCUCCUAAUCCUCGUCGCAACCUGUGUAUCAGCAACAUUCCUUGUGUGAUAAUAAACGAUUUGGCAAACUAAUUUCGUCCGUGUAUAUAUUUUUGGUUACAAUA